AUGUUUUCUAUUGUUUAUAAUGCGUUGGGUGAACAAGGAGCAAACAAGAAAAAAGAAGAGAAGGAGCAGAGGAGAAGAAGAGGAGAAAAAACCAAACCGAUGAGAAGUCACGGGGUGAAGGAAAAGGGAAACGAGAGGGUAAGAGGGAUACGAGAGGAAGGGGAUGAACGAGAAUAUGGAGGCGGCCUCGGGCGCCAGCAGCUGCUGCUCGAGGGGGUCCAUGGGGCGCAGCAGCGAGUAGCAGCGGCGCUUGAGCAGCACGGCGCCGGCCGCGGCCCCUCCGCCUCCGCCGCCCAGCGGCAGCAGCCCCAGGGCGCGCGUCGCCGCCUCCGCGUACUGCACGCAGCCCGAGUAGAAGCGCGACCACGAGGCGUAGGCCAGCUCGGCGUAGUCGUCGUCGGUGAGCUCGGCGCCCGCCGCCUGGCGCCGGAUGUCGGCCUCCACGGCGCGCGCCACGCGCUCGCGCAGCGCGCGGAACGACGCGCCGCCGCCCGCGCCCUCCGCCGCCGCCGCGGCCGCCGCCGCCGCGGGCCCGCUGCGCCGGAACAGCUGCCACCACAAGCCACACCCACGCUUUCAUAUCUGAGUUUCAACCAUGCUUUUAAGCGCAUCGGUACUCACGGCGAGAGCGCGCGCGAUGACGGGCGCGGAGAAGUGGUGGCCGUGGAAGACGUAGUGCAGGUACUGCUCGGCCACGUCCGCGUCGUCGCGCAGCGCCGCCUCCACGUCGGGCGGCGGCUCCAGCAGCGCCAUGCGCCACGGGCCCAGCUCCGCGCCCAGCGCGGCGCGCGACACCAGCGGCCCCCGCGGCCCGCGCCACGCCGCCCACAGCGCGCCGCCGGCCAGCGCCAGCUCCACCAGGUCCCCCUGCGCACCCGCCGCUGCGUCACUGCGCGGCCCGCGCGCCGCGCUCCUCCGCCGCGCCACACACAUAUUAACCACAGCCACAAAAAUAUAACCACGUUUCUACACAUUGUCGAAAUUACAUUAACACAGAAAGAACCAUUUAUUAUAAACAACCAGAAUUUUUUUAUAUAUCACAAGAAAAUAUUGAGAUAUCAGAAAGUUCGCAUUCAAAGAGAUUUGAACUCACCAAUUGUUGAAUAUGCAACAAGCUAA